AUGCCCCCUCGAAUCCAGAAUCCCAUCAGCAGCUUUGCGGUGUGCCUGACCCUCCUAGCCUCGCUCCAAUCGCACUCGUCGUCACAAUCCUUCCGCGCCUCGGUGUCCGCUGCGGCGGUUGGCCCAGCGGUAUCUUCCAAUUUUCCUGACCCGGGCCUCGCGUUGGAUAUCAGCAAUGGCUCCGAGACUUGGUACGCCUUCAGUACCCAGACCGGAAAGAUCAACAUACAGCUUGCCUCUUCACCGGACUUUUCGACCUGGACGCUGCAUGAAGGCUACGAUGCUCUGCCCACGACGCCAGGUUGGGCCCGUCGGUCUCCUCAUGCUGGUGUCUGGGCACCGGACGUGAAUCAACGGCCUGAUGGAUCGUGGGUCAUGUACUUUGCGGCCGUAGGGCAAACACAUCCAGACAAGCACUGCAUUGGUGCUGCAACCUCCCCGAACGUCACCGGGCCUUACACUCCUCUCGACGAUCCCAUUGUGUGCGAUUUGCCUCGAGGCGGCAACAUCGAUCCAAAUCUCUUCAUCGAUCCCAUCAACAACCAGAGUUACUUGGUGUACAAAACAGACGGCAACGCGAUUGGACAUGGCGGUGCCUGUGGCAAUACUGAGGCCCCUGUGGUGCCUACCCCGCUAUAUCUUCAACUGAUGGAUCCCCAAGACCUCAUCACACCAAUCGGCAAGCCUGUCUACUUGUUCUCAAACGCCCACAGUUUCAAAGAAGACGGGCCCAACGUCGAACGGCCAUGCAUGGUCUACCGUAACUCGACAUACUUUCUUUUGUAUAACGCCAAGUGUUUCACCAGUCUGCAAUAUCGUAUCGAUUAUGUCGCCUGCAGGGUUGGCGUCGACACCCAUACGGGGGUUUUGGGAUGUGACUGGCAUGCCCUCAAGACGCAGCAGCAGACGUCCAAGGACCACACGCUGCUCCAAACGGGCGACGUGGUGUCUGGCACGAAACUCUACGCCCCAGGCAGUAUGGACGUGAGUCCCGACCAGCGCAGAGUGGUCUUUCACGGUGAUGUCAAUUUGGACUGGUUCGCGCGUGACCAUCCUCGCACCGUCCGCCGGGACCGUGCCAUGUUUGCCGGUGAGAUCGACUUCUUGCAAUCAGAUCUUCGUGUCACUCAACUUUUUUGA